AAUCCCACACCAUAUAAGUUCUAGAGCCGUCCUCUGCUCUUCACUUCGUACUUUCACUAGAUGCUGUAAACUUGAGGAGAAAACUGUUCAUUUUGUUGUUCUCUCACAUUUAUUUCUAUUUGAACUGCUUUAUCAUGGCUUUUUUACCCAGAGCUCUUUGCCUGGUCCUGGUUGCAGUUGUUUGCAUCCAGCUCAGUAAUGCUACGGUGAUACCAGUUAGGUGUGAAUGCCUGAGCACCUCCUCCAGACCUUAUCCUUUAAAGUUAAUUAAAGAGUUCUCCAUCACUCCACCACACAGUCACUGCAAAGACACUGAGAUCAUACUGACUCUGCACAAUCCAGACACGGGAAAGAUCGAUAUGCGCUGUCUAAGCCCAGACUUACACCAGGCUAAGAAACUUGAGAUGUGCUGGAACAGGAAAAAUAAAGACAACAAGAAAAGGCUCAAGAUUUCUGAAUGCCUACCGAGAAAGUGAAAGCACACGUUUAGAAGAUCAAGACAGAUGGAAAGGAAAGUGAGCACGGUGGUAAAGCUCAGACAGUGUAGAGUGCGGGAAUUCCUGGAACCAUGUGACCAAUGAGAAUCCAGUGGGAUUGAGGGACUGCUGUUAUUUGAGACUCUGACUCCUCCUGGAGUUGAGAAAUCACAUUAGAACUCUGGAACCCUGGAAGAUCUGAGACUGUCACACGCAGAUGUUUCCCAGCAAGAUUUAGGGCUCCUUGGAGAACUGUAAGAAUGAAAGUUGCAGCAUUGCCAAUUUUAUGCACAAACAGACUAUUGGCAUUCUUUCUUUUUUCACAACCAGUAUUUAAAACACUUUAUUUUAAAUCUUAUUUAUUUGUUGAAGGAUUUAAUAUGAUGUUUGAGUUAUGUAAUAAAAUGCUUACAUUAUGUACAAACUUU